UCUUCAGUUAGUGUUUCUUUGCUCGUCUCCUCUCGUCGUCGUCGUCGUCGUCAUCAUCAUCAUCAUCAUCAUCAUGCAGGCACAGCUGGCGUGUGUGCUUCUCCUCUUCUUGACCUGCUGUGGACUUUGUGCAGAUGUGGACCCUGAGCAGCGAGCGAUAGAAGAAGAGCUGUUCAACAGUUUCCUUAAUUCUAUGACGACACAGAAUAAGCACAACGCCCCCUACAGGCGUGUGUCGCUGUCAAACCUGUGCAGGAUGAUGAGUGGGCUGAGGCAGGAAACGUGGAGUGGUGAGGAGCAGGAGGAGAACCUGCAGCUGAUGGAGGAACUGUCCAGCCUGCGACACAUCUGCAGAGCGCUGCAGAGCCGAGAGGAGAGGCUACUUCCCGACUCUGCAGAAUACCUGGAGGAGAACAGUGACAUUCCACUCAAGCGAAAAUCACCCUACAUCCUGAAGAGACAAGCGGUGCACAGCACCAAAUCCCGGAGGCCAUACAUCUUAAAACGGAAUACGCUUUACUGACAGCUCUUUCAGAGGCCAAAGGUCACGUGCGAGGGACCAGACCGUAUGCUGUCCUAACUGUGGAGGCGCUGUCACUGUUUCUUUUCUCUCCUUUCUUGUGGCUGCAACGUCUUGAUUAUAUUUCUUUACUUAGCUUUUUCAUUUUUUAAAAUAAAAUCUACACCACAGCUGUCCGUCCGUGCAGUGUUGAGGCCUGUUCUCUGUACUUUCUGUCCUCCAUAUUAAAGGUUCUUGAAAAUAAAAUCCUGAGCAUCAAACAAAAUCUGUGGUACUCCUCAGAAACUAUUUUUGUCCAGUUCUAUUUCUUCACGGCAGACAAAGUCAAACUCAGACUCAAUAAACGAUUCAUGAUACAAAACUGCUGAGGCGCAGCGUUUUAUUUUGCCUGAAGUUUCAUUUACAGGCCACACGUUUGACCGGAGCAGAGCAGAGCAGAGCAGAGCAGAUGACCAGGACACUGCAGCUCUGUGCUCUUUAAUCAGAAUCAUUUAAAAUCAGGGUUCCUUUGUGAUGCAGUAGAAAAGCUGAUCCCACUGAAUGACUGAUGUCACUGUAAACCUUAACAAGGCAAGCUGUACAAAAGAAGAUGACUGAAAAAUCUAUUUGUCUGACAACCUUAGAAUAAUUCAAAGAAUCCCACAGAGACAGGGAUUUUCCCUCUGCAGAUCAGUUUCUGUACAGAAGAAUUAAUCUGUUCACAGCCUGUGAUUCACAGGUAAAAUCUACCAAACUUUAUCACUUUACACACACACACACUCUACUAUUAUUAAGCCUUUCCUUAGAAAAAAAAAGAAUGCUGUGUUUGCCUGUUUCAUGCAGCAGAGGGCAGUAUUAUGACAUUUCAUCUAUCUAACGCUGGAGCUAAUAAGAAAAUAAAAUAAAAGGAUUGAUGGGUGUUUAAAACAUGUUCACUUUGACUAACUGAUGAAUAAACCGAACUCAACAAUUGUGUAUUUCAUAAGAAAGACAAGUUUGAAGCUUCCCUCGUGAAGUUUACAACUUUACAACAAAUAUAAACAAAACUGUACUGUUGGAGCAAGUGGUUCACAAAAUGAAGUUUUGGACUUUUAAACUAAUAGAAAACAGUCAAUUAAA